AUGUCUACAAGAAUGAGAUCAAUAAAUUCAACCGCUGAGUAUAACCUUCAGACAAAAGAGAAUUUCAUUCGGCGAUGUUUCACUUGUAAAGAGUGCACGCAAUUUGUCGGAGAUAGCACUGCCGGGAGUCCGGAAUUGCGCUGUGGUUGUGGAGAACUACUUGAGAAUCAUUUCAAUCCAAAUGAGAAAAGUUCGCAAACUGUGUGGAGCCCCGCUUGUAUUAAAACGGUCGGACCAUCAAACGCAUACGGUGUCGUAAAGUUCUUCUCUGGUGCACAAAAUCUGCGACGAUCAGCUGAGAAAGUGAAGGGUCUCAUUGGAGCUGCUCAGGCGUCGAACGCUUGGAUACUGACGGAUGGUCUUGACUGGGGUGUUGUGUCGGUCGUGAGUGACGCCACCGAGAAGGCAGAUCGCUAUUAUUUCAGUAAAGGCAAAAUGUCAGAUCGUUUUCGAUGCAUCGGCGUUACACCAUGGGGCCAUGUGCUGAAUCGCGAAAGACUCAUCCGAAGUACAGAUGCCGAAUGGACUGCGGAAACGGGUAUCAGUCUUCUUGAAUCCAUCAUGGAACACGAGAACUUGGUGAGCUGUGUCGUUUUUGACGCAAUGGGCACUGGCGACACCUUCGACAAGGCGAUUCUCUACGCACUCAUCAAAAGCUCAACGACGGAUCCCAAUGAUCAACUUCUGAUUGCCCUGAAGUUCGGCCGCAUCGAUGUGGUCCAGGAAGAGAUUCUAUCGAAAGGCGUGAAUUACCUCAAGUCGAAAAUGCGACCCAAUAAAUUGAAAGAUAUCAUGACUACUGCUUUGCUAGAAGACCGUACAGAAUUUGUGCAAUUCUUGAUCGACCUAGAAUUGGUUAAAAUGCAAACUUACCUGGACAUGUCCACCCUUAACUGGCUGUACAACAAUGUGGAAGAUGCGUCCAUUUUGAAGACGACUCUAAACUACUACGGAGUCGUCAUGAAGCAGUCAUCGCCGAGUCUUGUCGGGACUGCACUCAUGGCCACCACGGCCAAUGUCCUGUCCAUGGACACGGAGACGGCUGGUGAAGCUAACAAAGUGCUCGAAAUGCUUUUUCAACGGCGUAGCGUACGAGCGAAACGCGAUUGGACGAAUCUGCCGACGAUUAGCGAACUCUUAUUGAAGAUGCUUGGGUCAUUUAGUAGCCCCUACUACGAAGACAUCAUGGUGAGCGACACCAUCUCAUUGGUACAGCUUGGUGGUAACACGUCGUGCUGCUCUUUGCAGGAGUUGUUUAUCUGGGCGGUCCUCUACAAUCGGAACGAUCUGGCUAUGCUAUUCUGGCAGUACGCUGAUGAUGCUAUAUCGCUUGGUCUAAUUGGCUGCAAUCUUUAUCAUAAGAUAGCGCGAGCUCUGCCGUCCUAUGACACCAACGGACAACUUAUGCUAGCCACCCAGAAACUUUGCCUUGAGCAGGUAUCAAAGGCAAUGAUUGAGCUCUGCUAUUCAAAGUCAAAUGUAAGUAGGCCUGAGAAAGCUCUUUACCUGCUUGAACGCCCGCUUAUAACGUGGGGUGACCACAGAUGUAUGCCACUGGCAGUGCAUGCUGAAUGUCGUGAAUUUAUCGCCUCAGUGGCCUGUCAACAUGCAAUCGAUUUUGAAUGGCGCGCAGGUAUCCACGCGAAUCCAGUCGCAUUGAUUCUGGGAUACAUGUGCCCGCUGCUCCUCUGCACAACCAAGUUGAUUCGUUUCGAGGAACCGUCCAAGUUGCUUGAAGUUGCCACCGGAGACGACAUAUUUCAACAACUCGGCAAAAGACUAAAACCCACGCUGGACACCACCAAAGACGAAGAGGAACCAUCAAUACCGAAUUCGAAGAAGCUUGAGAUGUUUUACCGAGCACCGAGAACCAAAUUUUGUGCUCACACGGCAAGUUCAAUUGCGUUCUAUGCAGUCUUCCUCGUCUUCUUCUCGUACACCCUUCUGUUCGGAUUGAAGGCAGACAGGGUGACUGUUCUGGAGGCGAUUUUAAUGGUCUACCUGUUUUCGUUUGGUGUUGAAACCGUUCGAAGUUUUGUGAAAUCUGCGUGGGAGAGGGGAUCCGUUGGGUUUCAUCUUGCCAAGUGGCUAAGGGGCAAUAAGUGGCACCCUUACGACGUUGCACUCAUCUUCGGUUGCGCAACUGCAAUCGCCCUACGGCUGGGCUUGGAGGAGACCUUCAUCUAUGCCAAAUCGGUGUACUCAAUCGUGCACCUUGGCAUUGUCAUCGAGUUUGACGUAGAACACGCAUUGUUGUUAAUUGUAGUGGUAUUUUUCUUCCUGCGACUCUUCCAAAUGUACGCGGUUAAUCGCAAACUUGGUCCGAAAUCGGUGAUGAUCUUUCACAUGCUCGUUGAACUGGCUGUUUUCCUGCUAAUUCUGCUCAUCUUUCUCGUGCCGUACGGCAUCUCAACUCAAGCAGUACUCUUCCCUUAU